CCUCCUCCUGCCCAGAGCAUCGGUGUGCCAUGGGGCUGGGAGCGGGCCGGGAGGCUUAGCCCCGCUCGGGCCGGGAGCCAUGCCCGCGGGGAACGGCACGGGCACCUCCAGCCGCCCGGAGCCCGCGGCGCCCGAGCAGGAGGUGCCGGGCGAGCGGCCCCUCUUCAGCGCCGGCACCUACGAGCUGCUGGCGCUGCUGGUCGCCACCAUCGGCAUGCUGGGCUUGUGCAACAACUUGCUGGUGCUAGUGCUCUACUACAAGUUCAAGCGGCUCCGCACGCCCACCAACCUCUUCCUCGUCAACAUCAGCCUCAGCGACCUGCUGGUGUCCGUCUUCGGCGUGAGCCUUACCUUCAUGUCCUGCCUGAGGAGCCGCUGGGUGUGGGACGCCGCCGGCUGCGUCUGGGACGGCUUCAGCAGCAGCCUCUUCGGAAUUGUUUCAAUUAUGACUCUCACUGCUCUUGCCUAUGAACGCUACAUUCGGGUGGUCCAUGCAAAAGUGAUUGACUUCUCUUGGUCUUGGCGGGCUAUCACGUACAUCUGGCUGUACUCACUGGCCUGGACUGGAGCACCUCUUUUGGGCUGGAACAGAUACACACUGGAGAUUCAUGGAUUGGGUUGCUCAGUGGACUGGAAGUCAAAAGACCCCAAUGAUACCUCCUUUGUGCUCCUUUUUUUCCUCGGUUGUCUUGUAGCACCUGUUGGGAUCAUGGCCUAUUGCUAUGGCCAUAUUCUGCAUGCAGUAAGAAUGCUUCGCUGUGUAGAAGAUUUCCAGACAGUUCAAGUGAUCAAACUUCUCAGAUAUGAAAAGAAGGUGGCUAAAAUGUGUUUCUUGAUGAUCUCCACGUUUCUUAUUUGUUGGAUGCCCUAUGCAGUGGUCUCCCUCUUGAUAACAUACGGCUAUAGCAACCUUGUAACUCCAACAGUAGCUAUCAUCCCAUCUUUCUUUGCCAAGUCAAGCACUGCUUAUAAUCCAGUUAUCUAUAUCUUCAUGAGUAGAAAGUUUCGACGCUGCCUUUUGCAACUCCUGUGCUUUCGCCUGAUGAGGUUCCAGAGGACAAUGAAAGAGACACCAGUAACAGGGAGUGACAAACCAAUACGACCGAUAGUUAUGUCUCAGAAAGCAGGGGACAGGCCAAAGAAGAAAGUGACUUUCAGCUCUUCCUCUGUCAUUUUUAUUAUCACCAGUGAUGACACUGAGCAAAUAGAUGACAGCGGUAAACACAAUGAGACAAAAGUUAAUGUCAUCCAAGUAAAGCCAUUGCAGGGAUGAGCUGAAGAGACAUGAGAAUGAGAUGGGUUUCAACCACUAGACUGUUGAGGCUGGAGACUGGUUUCAGUGGCAGUGUCUGUGGACUGCCAAAGAAAACCACAUUCUUAAGCUGUGAAAUACUGAAGGGAUUCAGCAUCUGAAGCUCUCCAAGUAUUUCACUUUUGGUCACAGUAUGGAAAUCUCUGCUAAAAUUGUUGAUGGAUGUCAUUACUCUGAAUUUUCUUAAAGCAUAUUUUAUGACUGCUAUUGAGAACUUUCGGUAUCUUAAUGUUUUCUGUAUAUUGAGCCUUCAGUGAAUAAUUAAAUGGAUCAUUUAUAUAA